GCAGGGAUCAAUUGCACACAGAGGAACAGAAACAGGUCAACGUAACUUUCCUGCAGCUCAACAUUUUACUUUUACAGCUCAGGAAUGGAGCGAGGAUUGAUCCUGUUGGUUGCUGCAUUGAUGGUUUAUGUUGCACCGGGUGUCCAAGGAACUUUCUCUUUUGCCAAUAACACAGAGCAGGUGAACAUCACCAUGGCUGGUUGUGGCGUCACUAAAUUGUGUGUGGAGACACCAUUGAACUGUGAUCCUACUGGAAACAACAGCUGUCUGUUUGUGUCUGUGGUCGCCAGCAAAUCAGUGGCUCCCACUGACCUGUCGUUCGAACUUAGAGGAGACUCCACGGGAUACAUUGCAGUGGGACUCACUGCGAAACCUUCUGAGGCUACCACCAUGCUUUUUAUCUGUGCUCCAGAUGGACAAAACAGGACGUUCUUGUUCCAGACAAUGCAGAGAAACAACACCGACGCUUUGCUCACUCCAACAGAGAUGAAUGUGACAAACAUUCAAGGCACAGUGACUGGCAAUGUGAUCCAGUGCAAGUUCACUGUCCCUAAUAUGAAUGCUACCACCUACUCAAUCCUCCUCGGGACAGGACAUUUUGAUGGAAAAACUUUUGGUCACUUCAACAUCUCCCUGGACAGUGGUGCUCUGAACCUCACCAACCCGGUCAGGAACACUGCUGACCCCCACUCCACUGCAACCACCCACUCAGGCUCCACUACAACCACCGACCCCCACUCCACUGCAACCACCCACGCAGGCAACAGUGGCGCUGUCCACGCUCUUGAUGUGCUGCUCCUGCUGAGCGUCGUCGCGCUGUCCAUGCUGGGAGCCUGAAGUGUCCAGGCGGAAGUUGUGGCCUGUUGGAUACAAUGAAGACAGCUGAUGCACAGGAUUUAAGCACAGAGAAAAAGAGUAUUACCUGAGUAACAGACUACGUAAAAAUUGUUUUUGCUGAA